CCGGCCGCCCGCGGGGACGCCGCCUCUGAGACCCGCGACCGGCCGCCGGGACCAUGAAGAGCAGUCGGGGUCGCAAGGGCGGAGGGGGCUCCAAGGACCUCGGCGCGGGACUCAAGUACAGCUCGCGGCCGGAGAACAUGAACGGCUUUGAGGAAGGCCUGGAGUUCUUGCCGGUCAACAACACCAAGAAGGUUGAGAAACGAGGCCCCAGGCCCUGGGUGGUGCUGGUGGCUGUGCUUAUCGGCUUCUUGCUCUCGGUCACGGCUGGUUUACUGGUGUGGCACUUCCAGUACCGGAAUGCGCGGGUCCAGAAGGUCUUUAAUGGCUACCUGAGGGUCACAAACGAGAACUUUCUGGAUGCCUAUGAGAACCCAAACUCCACUGAGUUUGCAGAGCUGGCCAGCAAAGUGAAGGAGGCGCUGAAGCUGCUGUACAGUGGGAUCCCGGUCCUGGGUCCCUACCACAAGGAGUCAGCAGUGACUGCCUUCAGCGAGGGCAGCAUCAUCGCCUACUACUGGUCGGAGUUCAGCAUCCCCAGCCACCUGGUGGAGGAGUCCGAGCGCGCCAUGGCCGAGGAGCGUGCCAUCAGGCUGCCGCCCCGCACCCGCACCCUGCACUCCUUCGUGCUGACCUCGGUGGUGGCCUUCCCCACUGACCCCAGAACAGUACAGACCACCCAGGACAACAGAUGCAGAUUCGCCCUGCACGCCCGAGGAGGGGAGCUGACUCGCUUCACCACACCCGGCUUUCCUGACAGCCCCUACCCGGCUUUCGCCCGCUGCCAGUGGACCCUUCGGGGGGAUGCCCACUUUGUGCUGAGCCUCACCUUCCGAAGCUUUGAUGUCGCCGCCUGUGACGACCAUAACAAUGACUGGGUCGUGGUGUAUGACACCCUGAGCCCCGUGGAACCCCGCACGGUGGUGCAGCUGUGUGGCAGCUACCCCCCGUCUUACAACCUGACCUUCAUCUCCUCCCAGAAUGUCCUGCUCGUCACGCUGAUAACCAACACCGAGCGGCGACAUCCUGGCUUUGAAGCUGUGUUCUUCCAGCUGCCGAAGAUGAGCGGCUGUGGAGGCUACUUGCGUGGAGACCAGGGGGCAUUUAGCAGCCCUUACUAUCCGGGCCACUACCCUCCCAACAUCAACUGCACUUGGGACAUCGAGGUGCCCAGCAACCGGAACGUGAAGGUGUUCUUCAAAUUCUUCUACCUGUUCGAGCCCAAUGUGCCCCUGGGCACGUGCUCCAAGGACUACGUGGAGGUCAACGGGGAGAAGUUCUGCGGAGAGCGGCCCGCAUUUGUGGUCGCCAGCAAGAGCAGCAGGAUGACUGUCCGUUUCCAUUCGGACCAGUCCUACACCGACACGGGCUUCUUGGCCGAGUACCUGUCCUACGACUCCAGUGACCCGUGUCCAGGGAAGUUCAUGUGCGCCACGGGGCGCUGCAUCGAGAACCAGCUGCGCUGCGACGGCUGGGCCGACUGUGCCGACUACAGCGACGAGCUCAACUGCAAGUGCAACACCACCUACCAGUUCACCUGCAAGAACAAGUUCUGCAAGCCGCUCUUCUGGGUCUGUGACACGGUGAACGACUGCGGGGACAACAGUGAUGAGCUGCAGUGCAGUUGCCCGGCCGAGAACUUCCAGUGUGGCAAUGGGAAGUGUGUCCCACAGCGCCAGCGGUGCGACGGGAAGGACAGCUGCGGGGACGGGUCCGACGAGGCCGCGUGCGACAGCGAGACCACCGUCACCUGUACCAAGCACACCUACCGCUGCCAAGACGGGCGCUGUGUGAGCAAGAGCAACCCCGAGUGUGACGGGAAGAAGGACUGUAGUGACGGCUCGGAUGAGAGGAACUGCGACUGCGGGCUGCGGCCGUUCAGCAGGCAGUCUCGGGUCGUCGGAGGCAAGGACGCAGAAGAAGGCGAGUGGCCCUGGCAGGUGAGCCUCCACGCCCUGGGCCAGGGCCAUCUGUGCGGGGCUUCGCUCAUCUCUCACAGCUGGAUGGUGUCCGCAGCUCACUGCUUCGACGACGACAGAGGGUUCAAGUACUCCGACCCCACCAUGUGGACGGCCUUCCUGGGCCUGCAUGACCAGAGCAAGCGCAGUGCCUCUGGGGUGCAGAAGCGCAGCCUGAAGCGUGUCAUCACCCACCCUUCCUUCAACGACUUCACCUACGACUACGACAUCGCGCUGCUGGAGCUGGAGCAGCCGGUGGAGUACAGCAGCACCGUGCGGCCCAUCUGCCUGCCCGACUCCUCGCACGUCUUCCCUACUGGCAAGGCCAUCUGGGUCACUGGCUGGGGCCACACCUACGAGGGAGGGACCGUGGUGCUGAUCCUGCAGAAGGGCGAGAUCCGCGUCAUCAACCAAACGACCUGCGAGAAGCUGAUGCCGCAGCAGAUCACCCCGCGCAUGAUGUGCGUGGGCUACCUGAGCGGGGGCGUGGAUGCCUGCCAGGGCGACUCGGGGGGCCCCCUGUCCAGUGUGGAGGAAGAUGGGCGGAUCUUCCAGGCCGGCGUGGUGAGCUGGGGCGAAGGCUGUGCUCAGCGGGACAAGCCAGGUGUCUACACAAGACUCCCCAUAUUUCGGGACUGGAUUAAAGAGCAGACUGGGGUGUAGAAGCAGGGACGGUCCACUGGUCACCUCAACAUGUGCCCCUGCGGGCUGAGCACAGGAUCACUACCUGCACCCCUGCCUCAAGCCCCCCACAGACUGAGCUGAACCCCAGCACUCUGGAGGUGGAGGACUGGCCUGCGGAGCCUCUCACCUCCCUCCAUCUCCGAGGGGGGCUGGAAGGUGGAAGGGAGGGUCCCGGCAAUCCCAGGGAGCAGAGGCCUGCAGACCCUGGCCUGUCCCCUGCAGCCUUCAGCAGCCGAGGUUCUUGAAGACUGGCUUCCUCCCCUCUCUGCUCCAGGAGCAGCUCGUGUUGCCUCUGGGUGGGGCAGGUGGGGCGCUGUGGGCUCCUGGGGACACUUCAGGAAGCCCAGGCCAGACCCUGGAAGACACACAGGUCUAAGAAUUGAAAAUUGUUUUACCAGCU